AAGGGAUAAGAUAAUAUAUCUACAGCCGAAGAAAGACCCAGAAAAGGAAACAGCAGCUCCUCUCACUCUUCUUCAUCGCCAAUGGCUCAAGCCUGCCUCUCUCCUUCUCCCUGCUUCUCUCUCUUGAAUGCUUCAGCUGCAAAAUCGACAGGCCCUUGCGCUCUUCUACAGCUACCCAACUCUUCUUCUCCUUCAAGAGUCUGCUCGGGGCUUGCUUCCCCCUUCAAGAAUGGCUCUUCUCUUGUCAUUUGGACUGCUGGCAGGAAAAGAAAAUUGCAAACUAAUGGGAGGUCAGUUUCCAUAAGAUGUGAGCAAGGUGCAAAACAAAGUAGUGGUUUGGGUAUCUGGCUUGGACGUCUAGCAAUGGUUGGAUUUGCAACAGCAAUCACCGUCGAAGUAGCAACAGGGAAGGGACUUUUGGAGAAUUUCGGUUUUGUUACACCCAUACCAACACUAGCAUUGGUUGUUACAGCACUCGUUGGAGUCCUGACAGCAUUCUUUAUAUUCCAAUCUGCAUCUCAAGACUAAUUGAUCUCCAAGCCGAUACAUUUUCAAGCUCAGGAUAUAGAUCUUGACUCCUUUUGUUUUCUUUUUUAACGUUUAUGUAUCUGCUUGAAAACAGAAAUUCUAUGUAAACAAUAUGACUUAUAUGUAGCUUGUUUGUGCUAAAAUGUAAGGUUUGUUCAAGCACAAUUUGUCACCGAGGAAAUGAAGAAGAGUAGUAUGUUUUAUUUUCGCCA